UUGAGGUACAGAAAUAACAAUCAAUGUUACGCCUCAUCGUAGUUACGUUGGCGGUGGCGGUGUCUGCCACUGCCCUUCCUUCUGCCCUGCCGGAUCCAGCAGGAAUGACCUUUAAGAGUGAUGACGAAUUUGAAGACUACUUAGACGCCUGGCUUGCGACUGAGCAACUCCAAUGGUUUAACCAAACAAUCUCUCCACGAAGUGGGUGCAGUUUAAGAGUAAACGGUGAUUUUGGUCAGCCACAGCCUGUGUACCUUCUUAGAGCAAGAAACACUUUCCUCACUCCUACUGGCAAUACUGGUCAAGUUCGACUUAAUGCUGGAGAGGAAGUCAUUGUCUCUUGCCCAGGACCGAACAGACAAAUUCGGCAUCCCAACAUUGUAACGAACGUUCAUACUGCUACCGCUCGAUGUGUUAGCAAUAACCUAGUGUCAGGUGUUGGGUGGUUGAGUGGAAAUCAAGCUUUCGGACAAAUUACUUGUAGUAGCCAUGCCACGUUCGAGACACAGCAAACUAAUCAAAGAUGCUUCAACAACAAUGUCGUUAUACGUUCUGGAUUUAUUGUCAACAACGUGUUCCAUGUCCAUUAUUGGUCCUGCUUUGACACCACCCGAAUGGAAGUCUUAUAUGUGUGGUACAAUCAAGAUGUAACAAAUGGAAUCCAUCAAACUGGGGUUGAUCGACCUAGCUGGUUAGCGGGUCCAUUUUUCCCUGGCGUAAAUAUUAACAACAUUUAUACCCAAAACAACCAAAGACAAGUUUUUGCCAAUCUAUUGGGUAGCGACAUGGUUAAUAGAUACUUAACAUCUACCCAGUUCUUGGCUCGUGGUCACCUGGCCGCUAAGACCGACUAUGUCUUUGCAACUGGACAACGCUCAACUUUCUUUUUCAUUAACGCUGCUCCACAAUGGCAACCUUUCAACGCAGGAAACUGGAUGAGACUUGAAAUAAAUCUUCGCCAACGCAUUGCUGCUGCAGGAUACAACACGGUUAUUUACACAGGCACAUUUGGCGUCACUCAAUUAAGAAACAGCGGUGGGCGAUUAAUUGAUAUAUUCUUGCAUUCCAACAAUCGUGUUCCUGUACCUGAAUACUUUUAUAAGGUGGUGUACGACGCAUCUCGCCGCCGCGGCACUGCGUUCAUUAGUAUCAACAAUCCGUACUACACUCUCGCCGAGGCUCGUCAGCGACAGUUCUGCACCGACAGGUGCCGCAACAACGCCGCUUUCAACUGGAUAAACUGGCAACCAGACCGCGUAGACAUCGGCUACAGCUUCUGUUGCUCUAUACCAGAUUUUAGAAGACGCAUUGCACAUGUUCCCAAUUUUAAUGUUGCUAACGGGCUCCUUUCAUAAAAUACUACAAU